AAUACAUCAAUCAAUAAUAUACAUCAAUUUUUCUUACGUGGUAUCAGAGCAGAGAUAAGAUUUAGACCUAUAUUUCUCUCACCGGCGGGCAGUCGGUCGGCAACCUUGCCUUCACUGCCCGCUGGAGAUUGGUACACAUACCUUCACUCCGCUGCCACAAAGUCUUCUCUUCCUCCGCUUUUCUUUCCUCUCUCAAAAAUUCCCCAUCAUCACUGACGUUCCGACUCUACCAUUUUCAAACCUUCAUCCUCAACUUCGACAGAACUAGCAUCGCCACCACCGUCACCUCCACUCCCCCCGUCGUCCGUUCAAUGGCUCCCAGGCUACCGAACCAGUUCCGCAGCCACUCUCCAACUCUGCGUCGGACGCCGUUGCCUCAUCUUCCAGCUCCUUCACUCCAAGACUCCACCCACCUUCGCCGAGAUCUGCAGUUCGGAGACAUUGUGGGUCCGUUCGGCGACACGACGAUGACGAACGUGUUCGUCGGAGGAUUGGCUUGGGAGACUCCCAAGGAAGCCCUCAGAGACCACUUCGAUGUCUACGGCGAGUUCUUGGACGCCGUCAUCAUCUCCGACAAGAUCACCGGCCGAUCCAAGGGCUACGGCUUCGUGACGUUAAAGGAAGCCGAGGCGGCUAAGAAGGCUUGCGAGGAGGCCACGCCGAUCAUCAACGGCCGCCGAUCCAACUGCAAUACUGGCUUCGCUCGGAGCCCGACGCCCCCGGUCCGCCUUGUCCUACAUGGUGCCCAACUUUGGAAAUAAACUAUCACAGAACCUAACAAUGAGUGAAGAUGAGUAAUAAUUGAAGUACCAGUACAUUUUUAUGUUUUUAUAAAUAUUU